AGACACUUUCAUUGCAUAUACCCUCCUUUUCUCUCUCUCUCUCUCAUCUUUGGAACAUCUUCAACUUUGACAUGGGAGAAGCUCAACAAGUGCAGCUCCACAUCAUGAGUAAAGCGGGCGAAGUAGAAAACUCAACAGAGCAUAUAAAUGCCACCGCCACCGGCCGACCGACAAGCGGUCAAGGCAGAAACUACAAGCGGUGGCUCCGAAUGGCCAUCUACACACUCUUCCUCAUCUCCGGCCAGACAGUAGCAGUACUCCUCGGAAGAUUGUAUUACGACAAAGGCGGCAAGAGCAAAUGGCUUGGAACCCUUGUGCAGCUCGUAGCCUUCCCACUCCUCCUCCCUUACUACGUCAUCAUCAUCAUCUCAUCACCACCCAAAAACCCCAUCAAUAUCGUCCAAUCAAAACAGCCUUCGACCUUAAUUCUCUCAUCAAUCUAUGUCUCCCUUGGCCUACUUAUUGCAGGAGAUUGCUUAUUAUAUUCAAUUGGGUUAAUGUAUCUUCCAGUCUCUACUUACUCCCUCAUUUGUUCAUCACAAUUGGCCUUCAAUGCCUUCUUCUCCUUCUUCCUUAACGCACAAAAGUUCACUCCUUUUAUAGUCAACUCUCUUGUCCUUCUCACCAUCUCCUCCAUCCUCCUCGUUGUUCAAACAGAGCACUCUGCUUUGGCUGUCUCCAAAGGGAAAUAUAUAAUUGGGUUUACAUGCACCAUUGCCGCAUCUGCAGGAUACGGAUUGGUGCUCUCCCUCACACAGCUAGCCUUCAAGAGGGUUAUCAAAAGGGAGACAUUUACAGUCGUCAUGGACAUGAUAGUGUACCAAUCACUCGUUGCCACGGCAGCCACCGUUGUGGGGCUCUUUGCGAGCGGAGAGUGGAGAGAUUUGAGCACAGAAAUGGAGGAAUUUGAGCUAGGAAAAGUCUCCUAUCUCAUGACGCUGAUUUGGACGGCGAUAAUGUGGCAGGUUUUCGCAAUUGGCUGCGUGGGGUUGAUUUUUGAGGCGUCUUCGCUGUUUUCCAACGCCAUUAGCGUUCUGGGUUUGCCUGUAAUUCCGGUUGUUGCUGUCAUCGUCUUCCACGACAAGCUUGGAGCAAUUAAGGUGAUUUCCAUGGUGUUGGCUAUCUGGGGAUUUGUGUCGUAUCUCUAUCAGCAAUAUCUCGACGAUUUUAUUAAGCCGAAGGCUGAAGAUAGAAACGGUAAUCAGGAUUCCAAUGCCUCCCCACAGCCAUAGGUUUGUGGAUAAAUAAAAGGUUAUUUUACUUUUGGAAUAUAUUGUAUGAGAUUUUUAUUAUUUUA